CCCUCCCCACUCGCUGCCUUGGCCCUCCCCCAGGGUUGUGGCCACGCGCUGGGACGGCGGUUGUUCCGCUUCCCUUCUAGCGCGGGCCGUCGCCAUUGCCGAAGUCUCCCUGUCCUCCCCACCCAGCGUCCGCUCGCUCGGCCUAGCGGUAGCAGCGGCUGCGCUGCAGCGCGGCUCGUCUUCCCGUCCUGCUCCCCCUUCCGUCCCCACCCCACCCCGCCCCGCGCCGCGCGCUUGCCCGGGCGGCGCCGCAGCUUGCUGGGAACUCGGACGGAGGCACUUCGCUGGGCGGGGACCUUUCCUCGCCAGGGGCCGUAACCGUAAUUCUGAAUCAUGUCUGAUAACGGAGAACUGGAAGACAAGCCUCCAGCGCCUCCCGUGAGAAUGAGCAGUACCAUUUUUAGCACUGGAGGCAAAGACCCUUUGUCAGCUAAUCACAGUUUGAAACCUUUGCCCUCUGUUCCAGAGGAAAAAAAGCCCCGGAAUAAAAUCAUCUCCAUAUUCUCAGGCACAGAGAAAGGAAGUAAGAAGAAAGAGAAGGAACGGCCAGAAAUUUCUCCUCCAUCUGAUUUUGAGCACACCAUCCAUGUUGGCUUUGAUGCUGUUACUGGAGAAUUCACUGGCAUGCCAGAACAAUGGGCCCGAUUGUUACAGACUUCCAAUAUCACCAAACUAGAGCAAAAGAAGAAUCCUCAGGCUGUGUUAGAUGUCUUAAAGUUCUAUGACUCCAACACAGUGAAGCAGAAAUAUCUGAGCUUUACUCCUCCAGAGAAAGAUGGCUUCCCUUCUGGAACACCAGCACUGAGUGCCAAGGGAUCAGAAACAUUAGCAACAGAGGAAGAUGAUGAUGAUGAAGAAGCUGCUCCUCCUGUUAUUGCCCCACGACCAGAUCAUACAAAAUCAAUUUAUACACGGUCUGUAAUUGACCCUAUUCCUGCCCCAGUUGGUGAUUCUAAUGUUGAUGGUGGUGCCAAGUCUUCUGACAAACAGAAAAAGAAGACUAAAAUGACAGAUGAAGAGAUCAUGGAGAAAUUAAGAACUAUUGUAAGCAUAGGUGACCCUAAGAAAAAAUACACAAGAUAUGAAAAAAUUGGGCAAGGGGCUUCUGGUACAGUUUUCACUGCUACUGAUGUGGCGUUGGGACAGGAGGUUGCUAUCAAACAGAUUAAUUUACAGAAACAACCAAAGAAGGAAUUGAUCAUCAACGAGAUUCUGGUGAUGAAAGAAUUGAAGAAUCCCAACAUAGUUAACUUCUUGGACAGUUACCUGGUGGGAGAUGAAUUGUUUGUAGUAAUGGAGUACCUUGCUGGGGGAUCACUUACUGAUGUUGUAACAGAAACCUGCAUGGAUGAAGCACAGAUUGCUGCUGUGUGCAGAGAGUGUUUACAGGCGCUGGAGUUCUUACAUGCUAACCAAGUGAUCCACAGAGACAUCAAAAGUGACAAUGUGCUUUUGGGAAUGGAAGGAUCAGUUAAACUUACUGAUUUUGGUUUCUGUGCCCAGAUCACUCCUGAGCAGAGCAAGCGAAGCACCAUGGUCGGCACGCCAUACUGGAUGGCACCAGAGGUGGUUACACGGAAAGCUUAUGGCCCCAAAGUGGACAUAUGGUCUUUGGGUAUCAUGGCUAUUGAGAUGGUAGAAGGGGAGCCUCCAUACCUCAAUGAAAAUCCCUUGAGGGCUUUGUACCUGAUAGCAACUAAUGGAACUCCAGAACUUCAGAAUCCAGAGAAACUUUCGCCAAUAUUUCGGGAUUUCUUAAAUCGAUGUUUGGAGAUGGAUGUGGAGAAAAGGGGUUCGGCCAAAGAAUUGUUACAGCAUCCUUUCCUGAAACUGGCCAAACCAUUAUCUAGCUUGACACCACUGAUUAUGGCAGCUAAAGAAGCAAUGAAGAGUAAUCGUUAACAUUGUUGCCAUGGCCUCAUGUUCCUUUUCCAUUUUCUAAAAGAAGUAUUUUAAUAUAUGAAAAUUAUUACUCUUUUGGGUUUUAAGGAAAUGGCCUGCACAAUGUGGAGGAAAAAAAAUAACUACUUCCUGAAGACAACCAAGAAAAAAUUGCAAAACAGAAUGACAACCUUCUAUUGAAUCCCUUCUUUAGGGUCCAAAAGGAAUUGUGGAAUGAAUCACUAGCCUUCUUUCAGCAGACAGCCCAUCAGGGCCAUUUAUCAUGCUUGAGAUUUGCAUUUUAUUUUGCUGACUUCAUUGUAAUAGAUUCCAUUCAUUGUCCCUUUUGGGGUAUUUUCAGUACUUGAAUGGUAGAUUUGAGUUGUUCAGUUAUUUGUCUCAUCUGCUGGUCUUCUUUUCUCUCUUUGUAGCUUUCUUUUUUCUUGAAUUGCUCUUUUUGAGUUGCUUUGAGAAAUUUUUCUUAGGCCUAAAUUUGAGGCAAGUUUGAUAGAAAUUAUGUAACUCCUUAUAUUGGCAAAGGAGAUUAAUAUGAUUUAAUUUUGUAUAGAAUUUAGAACCCGCUGUUGUAAUAUUUCAGUUCAGAAUUUGAACUGGGGGAAGGGAAGAAAAGUAUGUGAUUUUUACCUUUUUUAACAAAUGUGAAAAAGUCAGUUUUAGAAAUAUCAUGUUAGUGAAGUGCUUGGCAUUUGUUACAUGUAUAAAGAGAAGACUAAUAAUCUAUAUUUAUAACUAAAUCAUUGAGACAGAAAAAGAAUCCCAUUGAUUGUACAUCUUUAUGAUUUUGUUUUCAACUGUUUCCUCUUCAGAUUUGGCUUUAGGAUUUGCUCUUCCAACUUUUGUUAGUGCCCCUACCUUCCUCUUCCCCUUUUUUCCCCAUCAUUUUGGAAAUGUUUCUGUAUAUGUUGUAAUUUUAGUUUGUUUUUUAAUUAACCCUCUCUCACCCUACUCCCGACCACCACCAUAGUAAAAUAAUAUAAUAACCAUUGAAUUUUCAGAAUUAACUCUUUUUCCAUUUAAAGGAGAAAAUAUUUGGAGCUAGUAGAGGCAAAGUGGAAAAGACUUGAACCUUGUCGAGCUGUCAGAUAAGUAGAUGAGAUUGUAUUCAUGAAAGAGACUUGUCAGUUACGUGGAGAUGCAGCUGCUGACCAGUAAACUCUAGAGAUUCAUUAAAAACAUCGUACCUAAACCAUUACCAACGUUUCACUGUCUGAAAACUGAUAGUAGUUCUUGAUAAAUUCAUGGAUCAUUUGAGAUGUUGAGUUACUUUAUAUUUUUUUCAAAUAAGUAAAUAAUGUUUAGGUAUAAAACUGGAGAAAGGAAGAAAAAUGAAAUGUCCUUAUUGAUAGCAAUAUUUUUUUUAUUUUAAAGAUUUUAAAAGGUCUGUGACCUGUAGCAUUAUUAGAGUCUCCCUCCCCCACCUACACCCCCACUUCUGGUCUCUUCUUCCUCUCCUUUUCCUCUCUCCUUAUUUCUUUAUUGUUUUGUAUUUGGAUGCAGUAUUGUCCUUUCUGACAUGCCAAGAGCCACAUAAAAGAGAAAAAUCUGUGGUUUGGUUUUGGAACAUGGGAAUGUUCCCACCAUUCUCCUAUUAAUUUCGUGCCUGCUUGCCAUCCUGUAAUAGUACAGAUCAUGAAUAAAAACAUUUGUGAUGUUUUGGAGUACAUUGGGGGGGGGAUAAUACAGUUUUAUUUCCUAUCAUUCCAGUCAUCUGUGUAUAAGAUACAGGUAUAAGAAUAGAAAUGGCUGGUUUUUUAUUGAUAAUGCAGGAAGUUUUUCACAGAAAUGAGUAAAAGAGUUAAACUUUUAUCUAGAGCACUUAAUUGUCUCUUUUUUUGAUUCUUGAUUUCAUGUUUCUCUGGAUUAUAUUGGCCUCUAUAGCUAUUACUGAAUUAUAGGAACAAGCUGGUUUAUUUCUGGUGGAAAGCCACAUUGCCUCUUUGAAUUCCAGAUUUGAACAUUCUUUGUAAAUAGUUUUCUGGAUUAAUUACGGUGAAGAAGAUGCUACCGGUGAAAACCAACUAGAUGAUGAGACUGAUGAUCAUGACCACUGUAGCUGGCACCUCGUGUGCAGUCAUAGAGACCAUAUUCAUCGAACUCAGUGCUAAUGCCCCAUUUGUAUUUCUACAACUCAACAAAGGUCUUUUUGGUUUAUAGAAGCAGUUUGGGGUUUGUAUUUACAACUUUGGAUGGUUACCUGCAUGUCCAUUGCUGGCAACGGACUUUGUCAUUAAAACCUGACUCCUAGGUUAAGGGAACUACACUGUGGUUUAUUCUUUACUUAAUUGGAUAAACUAACUUGUAAUAGAAAUA